UGUCUAGCACCGGUAUCCCUCUACAAGCAUGGCGAAUAACGAAGAUGACGCUCAGAUUGAAGUGGAAGAAUCUACUGAAAUUAAGACAAAAAAGCACGAUUCGGGUGCAAGGGAUCUUGAAAAGGUUACAGACUAUGUUGAAGAAAAGGAAAUAUCAGCUCAGAGCAUCGGAGAUGCGAUGAAAGCAAUGAGUGAUAGGAAAACUAAAGAGAGGGCGAAAAAACAGGAAAGAGAACGGGAGCUGGCUAAAGUUAAAAUAAACAAAGAAGAUGUGGACUUGAUUGUAGCGGAAAUGGAAAUUUCGAGACAAGUUGCUGAGCGGAAACUACGGGAACACAACGGUGAUGUUGUCGAAGCGUUAGUUGCGUUAACGAACUAAGAAUGAUUUAUGUGUACAUGGAUAUGGAGAUGGAAAGUUAAUGUUUUAUAGAACAAACAUGUCUAGAUAACUGAAAAGGGAUGUAGUAACAAUUUUAAGUUAUUAUUCAUGUCCAGACUUAUUAGUUAUGCUAGUACUUAUCAAGAUAUUUAUUAACAUUUAUCAAGUUUCUUGAUAAAUUUGAAGCAUGUAAAUAAAUAAAGCUAGAAUGACAUAACUUA